AUGGGAUCCGAAGCUAUCAAAUACAAGGAGUUCGAGAUUUGGUACAAUCGAUUUUCUCGCGGAGAAUUCGAUCUAGAUUACGAUAUCAGAUCGGAGCCAAAAACUCGUGAUUUCUGUCAGCUGCCGACGUGUGUCAUUGAGAAAGUAUUGGAAAAAUUGUGCUAUAUAGAGCAAUUGACUGUCCGAAAAGUGUGUCGUGAUAUCAAAUCAGUCGUUGAUUCCAUGAGAUGUUCCCUGAAAUCGAUUGAAAUGACUUGGCAUUCGGAUUAUAUUGAAUGCAGAUUUGAUGACCAAUUAGUUGUGUAUUCGAGGACAAAAUAUAUCAGAUACAAUGUUGAUAAUGUCAUCAGGGUAUUCGAUAAGGACUAUGGGAAAUUGGCACUUCAAGAUUGGAAAUUUCCGAUGAGAAAUCGGAAACUUCGAUUGGAUUUUCUCAAAAUUGAGUGCAAAGAGCCUAACAAUAGAAUGAAGAAAGAAAAGAAAGUCAAGAAAUUAAUUGAGAUUUUCAGGGAGCUCAUUGGGGCUCUCGAAUCUAUUGGAAGCAGAGUUCAUGUUGAAAAGCUGCAAAUCGAUACUUUCCGCCCGGACUUCAAUGAUGUCGAAUACAUUCUCAAUUGCUUCCAGCCAGGAUACCUGAAAUCCAUUGCAAUUCCGGGUUUUUAUCUGAAACGCGAAGAGUUGAAUGUCGAGAGGCCCACUAGCCCGGCGCCUGGAGUUGAACCAAGCGAAGCUCAUGAAAGAGCAAAAACCAAUUAUCGGAGAGCUUGUUUCUUGAAGGAUGACAUUUAUGAAAUUACCGAAUUGGAGCAAUGGAAAGAGGCGGAGGAGUUGCAUUUGAAAUACAAUUGGGAUUACUUCUAUGAUGAAGAUCUCAUUCAUUUCAAAAGAUUUCAUUUCACGGAUUGUAUUCUCGAUCGGGAGAGAUUGAUUCAUUUGCGAGAGAUCUUCUCCGAAUCGACCAACUUCGAGUUAUGCACUAUCACUUCACCCAAUUUCCAAACCUGCUCUGAAUACCUCGAAUCGUUCUGUGAAAAAGUGGAAUCUGGAGAAGAAGUCAUCUAUCGCUUCAAGAUUCUUGAAGAUUCGAGAAAGAUUUUGGAAUUUAAAUUAGACUACAAUCAACGGAAAAUUAUAAUUUCGAAGAAGAGCUUGUAA